GAGAUCUUCAUUCGCAUCGUGUGGUGAAAACAUGAUCUAGUAACUCUCUGCGUCGCUGUCUGAUGAUGACGCAACAUGAAAGAUGAUUUAGACAUGUUUUAGACAUAUAGCAGAUCGUGUGACAGUUAGAGCUCAGGCAGUGAGGUUGGGUGGGGUGGACCAGUUGUGGUUGCUCUAUAUAUUUCCUGACGGAGCAAACAGGCCUCAGUUCAGCACAGAGGUCGCCAUUACGGACUUGGCAGCAAUGAUUUUUCCCACAGCGCUGCUUGCCAUCAUCCUCUUUAUGGAUGUGACGUUGGCAGUCGAAAAGCAAGUAAAACUUGAAGAUAUUGAGCGAGACUACCUAAGGGCUAAACAGGCACAGAAACAACAGCAGCAGCAACAACAACAGCAAGUCAAGCCCCAACAGCCGGCCAGGGACCCAGAAUACACAGGCAAUCAGCAACUCAACUACCCGGUCCAUCAGCAGCUGCAGGCUUACCAACCUCAGGUGCAGUUCCAGGCUCCGCCAACAGCCGGCGCUGUAGCACUGUACCUGACAAAUAACGGUCUUCAUGGGGACUAUCUAGGCAUCGUGCCCCAUGUUGCUUACAUCUCGCCUCAACACCAGAGCAUACCGAUCGAGCCUCAACAGUUCUACCUGCAUCCGGGUGGCUACAGUGGCUUCCAGUUCGUGCGAGCUCCCCCAACGCCUUUGAUCUACAGCAACCCGCCGGCUACAGCCCUUGGACCUCCCAAAGUUGUCCAUUCCUCUACCCAGAAGGAAGUUCCCACACUUCCCUCAGAAGCAAACACACCACCACAACACGAUCUGCGAGUGUCACAGCUUGCCUACCAGCAGCAACCACCAGCAGCAGCAAGUGCCGUGUACACCCUUCAACAAGGCUACAAUCCCAUCCCCAAGGAAUUACAAAGCUAUACCACCAUCCCAGCGGCAGUGUACCAAGGCAAGGAACCGGACUUCCUCUACGAUCAACAGCCUUCCGUCUCUUUGACGAAUGACGGGAUCAAUUCUUACAACGCACUGCAGCAGCAACAGUCGAAGCCGCAGAGACCAGUCUUCAGCUCCGGCGUCAAGUCCAAUGGGUCAGUUUCUCUCAAAGCUUUGACAAGUGGAGGGAGCUUCCUCUUCCCCACACGUCACUUCCCCAGUCCUGGUAUCAGCUACAGGCAAGGACCCGGGCCGUUUUAGGUUCUGUGACUUCAUCACUUGACUCUUUGGAAUUGAGUAAUGUGCACCGUAGCGCUGAUUUGAGGUCCGCGCCACUUAUCGAACUGCAGCCAUCUUUUGUAGGCUGGCAUACUUUCAGGGAACAGGGACUCCCAUCAGUUUCCUUUCACCCUUCACUUUAUUUCACUUGAAUGACUCUACGGCCGAGCAGUCUAGUGAAGAGGUGGACAUACUCGGUUCGAAUCUCGGCUGGGACUUCAAAUAUCAUGCCUGAGAUUUUUCGUGGUUUUCUUUAAUCCCUCCACGCAUAUUCCGGGAUAUUACCUAAAUUAUACCAGGACCGUUUCCUUCCAAAUCCUUUCAAAUUCAUCAGUCUACCAUUUAAAUGUAUGUAGUCUAGAUAUAUUGUGCGAUGUAAAAUAAACCUCAAAGAAAAUGCAUUUGAACGAAGGCAAUGAAAGUGAGAUGAUCGCGCAAAGGAGAAGCAAAAUAAUAAAAAAAAAAACUUUGUUAUAUGUAUAUUUCAAUAUAACUCAAUAUUUACAGUGAAUUUAAA